AAUAAAAGAAAUGGUGGGGCAGCGAUGGCCAAUUGGCAAAGCAUGGUCAGUUCACAAAGCAGUACUAUACGCUGAAUAUAGCAAUUUAUGCAUUAUUUGAUCUAUCGAAAAUACACAGAGAACAGAAACAACUUCAAGCAAGUUCGGUAACGACACAAGUCAGCAAGUGAUCUGAAGCGGACUGCAUCCGUGGACAGUCAAAGGGGUGUGCGCCCCGGUUACUUGGAUACAAUUGUGAUUAUUAUAUUUGACAAUAAACCUUAAUUUAUACUAUAUGAAUUGGAAAUAAUACGUGAUCGAGAUAUGGGUGGAUUACUCAGUUAUUUUCGUAAUUUACUCGGCAGCCGGGAGAUGCGGAUUUUAAUUCUAGGCUUAGAUGGAGCCGGAAAAACUACGAUCUUGUACAGAUUGCAGGUUGGUGAAGUGGUUACAACAAUACCUACUAUAGGAUUUAACGUAGAACAGGUUACAUAUAAAAAUUUAAAAUUUCAAGUAUGGGAUCUGGGAGGUCAAACUAGUAUACGACCAUAUUGGAGGUGUUAUUACUCAAACACGGAUGCAAUAAUUUAUGUUGUGGAUUCUGCAGACAAGGAUAGGAUAGGCAUAUCAAAAGAUGAAUUAAUUUAUAUGUUGAGGGAAGAAGAAUUGCAAAGUGCUAUUUUAGUGGUCCUGGCAAAUAAACAAGAUAUGGCAGGAUGUUUAAGUGUUGCAGAGGUACAUCAAGCACUUGGAUUAGAUGCUCUUAAAAACAGAACAUUCCAAAUCUUUAAAACGUCUGCAACGAAAGGUGAAGGACUUGAUCAAGCAAUGGACUGGUUGUCAAAUGCACUGCAAAGUAGAAAAUGAUUAAUAUUAUUAAAAAAUUUUUCUACCCAAGCCUUAUUAAGGAGACUAGUCAUAUGACUGUCAAAUUAAACGACCCACGCAGAGAUGGGCACUUCAUUCUAUUUAUUACAACUAUAUUUUAAAUAGCCUUACGAAUUCUAUCGGAAGGCGAUUCUAUAAUUUGUCACAAUUUUCGUAAUGUGAAGCAAGGAAUAAAAGUACCAAAAAUUUUAUCUUUCUACACAACUUGAAAUAAAGUAAACAUAGAGAUUUGUUCAAUCUAAAUAUUUUUUUCCGCACCAUUGUCGGAUGAUUUUAUCAUUGCUAUACUACGCAGCUUUUAUUACCUAAUGAUAUCAUAAGAAUCUUUGGAUAAAUAAUUUUUGUUACUAUACAAGGCAAUACAAAGUUUAUCGGCUUUUAAUAAACAUUUCGCAAAAUUAUAAAUUUAUUAUUAUAUUGGCAAUGGUAAGUGUAAUGUAUAUUGAUAUAGGUAAAUAUAUCUAUUACUUAUAUUAGCCAAAAAGAUCAUUUAUAAAUAUUGCAGUAAAAUUGGUAAUUGUUUGAAAUGUCAACAUUCUGACAUACUGUGUGAAUAGUUAUGUAAAUAUGUGUAACUGAUUUAAUUUCAUUCAUAUACCGUUAAGAUACAUAUGUAAAACGUUCUCUUUUAUAAAAAACAUGAUACAAAAAAUUAUGUGAAGAUUUGGCGGAAAUUAAAGCACAAUGAUGUUUAUAAAUUUAAUACAGAGAAUUUGAACGAUAUAAUACUACCAUAAAAAAACAAGAUUAGUCUUUCAAAACAGUAUACAUUUGAAAUUAAUAUUUGAAGAAAAUAAAAUACAUUUUGUUAGUUUUUA